AUGUUCCGCUCACCGGUGCCAUGCCAUGCUGACAUGGAGAAUUCGAGCCAUCUUUGGCAUGACGAAUCAAUCCCUCCACGGCGUAUCGCUGACGCCACGGCAUUUCCGCGACAAAGCCACUGUGCAAUAGAAGUGGAUAUCCAUGUUCAAGAUAUAUUAAACCGUCAUGACGUUAAGCAACGAGAAAUACACCAUGAUUUUGUGGGGGAAACUGAUGAUAACGGCUCGUUUUCCGAGAAGCUGGUUCCCAGCUUAAGAGGGCUUUGGAGAGAUGAAGGGCGAAGGAGAAAGAUUAAGAUGGGCUUAACCGACUCUGAGAGUAGUCCGUUUUCCCAGCAAGACCUGGCUUCAAUGUCGUCUAAUCCACGGCACGUAUCAUCAGGUGGUUGGAUACAUGAGGAAGAGUUCCGUGAGCAAGUGGAAACUAUUGCGGCAGAAGAGCAAAGGGAAAGCGGAAAACCACCUACAUCGGAUGAUUUUGUUCAUCGGUCUGAGUUUCAAGAAUUGGUCAAAACUGCUCUGCAAAGCAUUCAGGAGUUAUAUCCACGAAACUUGUUGGAUGCACAGGCAGACAGCUUCCAAUCUCAAAUAAGCACAGAUGCUAAUAGCGGUAAGGCUGAGGUCGACGAGAGCCGAAUUCAGUCUUUUGGAUUGGAUACCGCUUUUGGUCAAGAUGCCGCGGAUGAUUUUUCUCAGAAUUUCCAAGAAAUGGUUUCGCAAGGGCAGCGUGACGAUGAAAAUGAUGCUGAAAAUGAGGAGUCAGUAGCAUAUGGUGUUGACAACCCUUUACGUCUGAGUGAGGUGGAUCAAGGGAAACCCUUGGACCCUGGAGCACUCUUUCGAUCCUCUCAACUUGAGGCAAUCGGUAUUCGGAAAGCGUCAGAUCCAAUCAACAGCGAGGACGAUAUGUUUGAAAUUGAUGACGAAUUCAUGAGCGUAAUUCCUCGCAAGCCCAAGAAACGGGAUCAUAUCGAUAAACACAAUUCUGGAGAAUCUAGAAAUAAGAAAACCAGAAUAUCCCAAUUGCCUCGAACGCUAUUGUUGCCACCAAAAACAGAAUCCCGCAAAUCUGCAUCUGGGCUUGGAACGAGCGCUCAAGAGGCUGCUGAAGAGGACAACGACCCUACUGAAACCGCUGCCAGUCCGCCUACUUCGUCACAAAAACCAAGGAUAUCCAGCGGAAACAACCAACGUCUUCCUUUUCCUGUUGUCAAAGACCCAAAUAACCCAACUACAAUGCUAAGACUUAGCCAGCAGAGCCAGCCGCUAAAAAGGUCGCAGCAGCGCAUAGAGAAGCUGGACACCGCAUCUAAAGAAAGCGCUUCUCAGCCUAAUCUAACGACGGCACAUAGCGGAGUGGAGAGUGAAAUGUCUGAUGUAAAACAUAGUGAUACUACCAAAGCCGCAUCACCACCUCCUAAGUCAGCUCAAACUCCGCAAAAUAGUAGGGUCUACUGUUUUAUCCCAAAGUGUCCCUCGCCUUCAUCCGUCCGUGAAACUAUCUCAGAUGACUCAAGACCUGGCGUCAUUUAUCAAAACGCUUAUUAUAGUAACGACAAUGACGUCCUUGAGCGUUCACGGGAGUAUGCUGGAAGAGAAUUCAAAAUUGAAAGCAACACGUUCCCCUUUCUUCCUCCGUUCGAUCCUAUGGGCUAUUCCCCAGCAAUGUUUGGGGAGAAGCCACCGGUUGUACUAGAUCGAUUAACAUUUGAAGAUCGAAACAAAAAACUUCGGAAGACCUGUACUCUACGAACUUGGGAAUUUGCACCGAGGCCGCCAACUCGAACCGAUGUUAUCAAAUGGGCUGAGGAGAAGUCUCGGAAAGCCCGUACUAAGAGUACGCAUACAGACAAGCCUACCCAGGAACAUGCCGUUUCUCAAAUUGAUGGGCCCACUCAGCACAAUAAGCACGGUUUCAAGUAUUCCCAGAGAGUAAAGUCCUCAGCGAUACAACACCAAGCUAAUUACAUGAGCAUGAUGAGCUUGGAAGUGCACGUCAAUACACGUGGUACAUUGGCACCAAAUCCUGAAGAGGAUCAAAUUGCUUGUAUAUUCUGGUCAUUUAUAUCCGACGAUGAAGACCGACACCGUGGUAUUGUGGCUCUCUCGGAAGCUGGCGACUUGUCUUCUAGGAUCAAGCCUGAUCCCGAGGUAGAAUUUCAAGAGGAAUCAUCCGAACUUGAUCUCAUGAACCGAAUCAUUGGCGUGGUUAGGUAUUAUGACCCCGAUAUCUUGACGGGUUACGAGGUUCAUAACGGCUCAUGGGGCUAUCUAAUCGAACGUGCAAGACGAUGUUAUGAUUAUGAUCUAUGUGACGAGUUCUCCAGGGUUAAAUCACAAUCUCAUGGGCGCAUUGGAAGGGAGGCAGAUCGAUGGGGCUUCAACCAUACCUCUACUAUUCGCGUCACUGGAAGACACAUGAUUAACAUCUGGAGAGCCAUGAGGGGAGAACUCAACCUUCUUCAAUAUACAAUGGAAAAUGUGACAUUCCAUUUACUUCACAAAAGGAUCCCACAUUAUCCCUUUGAAGAUUUGACGAAAUGGUUUAAGAGUGACAGACCUAGAGAUGUCGUUAAAACGAUACAGUAUUUUGCAUCGAGGGUCGACCUUAACCUGCAGAUCCUAGAGGCAAACGAACUCAUUUCAAGGACAAGUGAGCAAGCCAGAAUUCUCGGUGUAGACUUCUACUCUGUGUUUUCCAGAGGAUCUCAAUUUAAGGUGGAAUCCUUAAUGUUCCGCAUUGCUAAACCAGAGAACUUCAUCCUGAUUUCCCCCAGUAGGAAACAGGUCGGGCAGCAAAAUGCUUUGGAGUGCCUUCCUUUGGUCAUGGAACCUCAAAGCGACUUUUAUACCAGUCCGUUACUUGUCUUGGACUUCCAGUCGCUAUAUCCCAGUAUCAUGAUCGCCUAUAAUUACUGCUACUCCACAAAUUUGGGUAGGAUUGUCAACUGGCGUGGUCGAAACAAGAUGGGAGUUAUAGACUAUGAAAGAGAACCUGGCCUACUGGGUUUGCUAAAAGAUCAGAUUAACAUUGCGCCAAAUGGGAUUAUUUACGCAAAGCAAGCAGUACGGAAAUCACUUCUGGCUAAAAUGCUUACUGAAAUCCUUGAAACCCGUGUAAUGGUUAAAGGUGGAAUGAAAGAGGACAAAGACGACAGACCUCUACAGCGCCUAUUGAAUAAUCGACAAUUGGCACUUAAGUUAAUUGCUAAUGUAACUUAUGGCUAUACUUCUGCUUCAUUCUCUGGCAGGAUGCCAUGCUCUGAAAUUGCUGACAGUAUUGUCCAGACAGCAAGGGAGACUCUUGAGAAGGCAAUUGCACUCAUCCAUUCUGUGAAACGAUGGGGCGCAGAGGUUGUUUAUGGGGAUACGGACAGCCUGUUCAUUUACUUGAAAGGUCGCACAAGAGAAGAAGCCUUUGAUCUCGGGGAAGAGAUAGCAAAAACCAUCACAGAUGCGAGUCCGCGGCCGGUCAAACUCAAAUUUGAAAAGGUCUACCACCCAUGCAUCCUUCUUGCAAAGAAACGAUACGUUGGCUACAAAUACGAAUCCCGAAAUCAACAAGAACCCGAAUUUGAUGCCAAGGGCAUCGAGACUGUUCGAAGAGACGGGACACCUGCUGAGCAGAAGAUCGAAGAGAAGGUGCUAAAGCUACUAUUUGAAACUUCCGAUUUGAGUCGCGUCAAGGAGUACUUUCAGAAACAAUGCUCCAAGAUCAUGCGAGGCAAAGUUUCAAUUCAGGACUUUUGUUUUGCGAAGGAGGUUAGGCUGGGAACCUAUAGUGAGAAGGGAGCUCCUCCUCCUGGGGCACUGAUCAGUGCGAAACGAAUGUUAGAGGACCCCAGGCUUGAGCCACAGUAUGGAGAACGGGUGCCGUAUGUAGUUGUGUCAGGGGCUCCUGGCGCGCGCCUCAUUGAUCGCUGUUUUCCACCAGAAGUAUUACUUCAAGAUCCACAACUGGAGCUCGAUGCGGAAUACUACAUCUCCAAGAACCUCAUUCCGCCCUUGGAGAGAAUAUUUAACCUUGUUGGAGCCAAUGUUCGGCAAUGGUACGAUGAAAUGCCCAAGUACCAGCGCGUGCGACGCACAGAGGGAGCUUUACACGCCCCAUCUGGAGGGCCCGGCCAAGAAGGCAACGCAGCGAGGUUCAAGAAAACAUUAGAGUGCUAUAUGAAAUCAUCGUCCUGUGUCAUAUGCCGCAACAAGUUAAAUACGCAAGAGCAACGACAACAGCAUCAACAACCGAUCUGCAACGUCUGUCUCCGACAACAGCCCCAUCUUUCAUUGUUGAAACUUGAAUAUCGUAUACACGAUUCCGAGAGAAAGGUGGCCAAUCUAAAUGAGAUAUGCCGCUCUUGUAUGGGCGUGGGAUGGGGGGAGGAUGUCAAAUGUGAUAGCAAGGAUUGUCCGGUGUUUUACUCCCGAAUGAGGCAAACUUCGGACCUCAGACAUACUCGAGCCCUUCUCGAGCCGGUGAUUAGUGUCCUUGCCGAUGGCGCUUCAAAUGAAGAUAAUGGUCAUAUUGCCUUGAAUUGGUAA